AUGUCGGCGGUGGAGGGCCCGGGGCCGGGGGCGAGGCCGGCGCCGGUGGUCGUGGCAGGGGACGCGGCGGCGAGCGGGGCAGCCGCGGGGGCCGCAGCCGCGUGCUUCUUCUUCGUCGGCUUCUUGCUAGGCGCGGGCGCCGUGACGACCGGCGCGGGCGCGGCGAGGAGGACGGGCGCCGGGGCCGGAGGCGACGACGACGGCGCGGGGGCCAGCGCUGGGGCCGGGGGAGGGAGCGUCGGUGCGGGGACCGGCGGGGAGGACGCGGCGGCGGGAGGAGGAGCGCUCACGCUCACGACGGGCGCCGGCGCCGUGGCCGCGGGCGGCAAUGCUGGCGGCUGGGUGGAGCUGAUGGGGGCUGGGGUGGGCGGCGUCGGUGGGGACGGGGAGUGGGUCGGCGCGGGGGAGGCGGCCGGGGAGGUGAGCUUGGUGCCGGCGUGGCUGGACUGGGACGGGGACGCGGCGGGCGAGGUGGAGAUGGGGCUGUUCUUGGAGGAGGAGGGGCUUGGGGCGGCGGCGGCGGUAGAGGAGGAGGAUGAGGUGGGGGAAUGCGCGGCGGCGCCGGAGCGGGAGACGGACGGUGCGGCGGCCGGCGACUGGGACUGGGACCAGGCGGCCGUGAUGGCGGCGGCGAGGAGGAGGAGCUGGAGGAGGCGGUGA